UGGAACCAUAUAACUUAUUUGUAAAAACAUGGUUAAAACUUAAGAAUAUGCAGAUUUUAGGCGUUAUCCCUGGCAUAUGAAAUGGUGCUGUAAUACUCUUAGAAAGCAGAACAAAAAGUUUUUGCUUACUGUCAACAAGAUUGUUUUAGAAGAGAAAGAGUUAUCGGACUCCUAUGCUUCACAACAUGCCUGUGGAUAUAUAAGAGCUGGGAGAGGUGUUGCUUUUGGGAGUUAGGUGGAGAAUGACACCACUCACAGUGCAUGUCCAUUUGCUGUAGGGAUUGAGUGAAUAUAAGAGGAACUUCAAAUGGGAAAAAUCAGAUCUGUCAGAGUUUUGUGACCCUUCACAAGAGCAAAAAUCCUCAAGGGCUGGACUUCGAUCUGAUCAACUAGGAAUCACAAGAGAGCCAAACUUCAUUUCCAAGAGAAGGGUGCCUUACUUCAACCCACAAAUUUCAAAGUCCUUUGAAUGGAGAGGAGACAGUGAUUUGGAAGGAUAUUUGGAUGACAUACCAGAAGCUGAAGGUUUUGGGCCUGCAGAGUUACACAAAGAUAACCACAAUAAUGACAGAAGUCUGGAAAAUAUUGAAACACCGGAAGCACCUAGGCUUCCUAAAAAAAUUAGGUCACACUCUGCAGAUUCUAGAAUUGAAUCGGCCAUCAUCCUUGAAGAAAACAAUAAGAAGUUGCCACCCCCGACGCCAGAAAACCAAAAAGCAGUAUUUGUACCUCCAAAAAAGCACUUAGAAAAAAUGGAUAAUGGGUUUCACAGAGUCCUGCAAAAGAAAUCAGGCAUGAAUAUUUCACCUUCAAAUAAUUUCCCCAGAAAUUCUGAAUAUCAAAGGCAGUUUGUAUGGAAAACCCCCCCAAAAAAUUCUCCAUUACUUGCAGCUGACCAGGUUAUUCACAAUACAAGUAAAUCCAUUCCCCAAUUUAAGUCUCUUGCAAUUACCCCUGAAACUGAAUAUGAGAAAAGUUUCAAAGUUUCUCCUCCAGCGAAGGAACCAAAAUUGAGGAGUGAUUUGGAAGAGAGAGAAUUUCCUGUAUGUGCACCAGUAAAUAUGUCACCUGAAAAAAAGAAUGAAAGGAAAGAAAUAUUCCUAAAGCCAGAGGGAGAUUCAGCAAAUCAAGGGAAAUCAGAAACAGAACAGAAACAACCCGAACAAAAAAAUAAACAACAUAUUGCUCAAAAGCCCCUCUCUUUACAUACAAGUCUUGGGAAGGUGAACACUGAAUAUAGAUCGAAAUUUUUGUCCCCAGCUCAAUAUUUAUAUAAAGAUGGAGCUUGGUCACGUAUCAGGAAAAACAUACCAAAUCAAGAUUCUCAAAACAUCCUAAAUUACAUGUGGUAUAUGGAGGUGAAGGAACUUAGAGAGAAAGCGGAGGCUUACCGGCAACGAGUACAGGGAACUCAUUUCUCUCGUGAUCAUCUGAAUCAGAUUCUCUCAGAUAACAACAGACUGUGGGAAGUAUCCUCAAAUUCCAGUUCAGAAGAAACCAUCAGCAACACCAUCAGAGCUCUAGAUCUUGCUGGAGUUUCUGAGAAACAGAUGUCGGUAAGCCAAAACCUACUUCAGCAACCUGAUUCAACAGAACAGCCCCAACAGAAAAACACAGAGAAGUUAGGCAUGUCAGAUGCCCCCACAGUACCAGUCAAAAGACGUCUAGCUUGGGGUGAACAAGACCGUGCUGAACAAGUGGAAAAUCAGACACUAGGAUUGGAGGAAGAUGAAGAAAAAGAAAAUAAACAGGAGUCAACAGAAGCUCAGAAAUUGGAAGAAAAUGCUGAGGAUCUUACUCUGGACAACAAAAUAAAAGGAGAAAAUGCCUUGCUACUGAAUCCUUCAGCAGAUUCUUCUUCAGUAUCAUCAGGAAAAGGUGGCAGGCUUCCUACUCCAAAGUUGAAAACACUUGGUGGAGCUCAAAGAACUCAUCAUGAUCUUACCACGCCAGCUGUUGGAGGUGCAGUUUUAGUGUCUCCCUCUAAAAUGAAGUCUUCAUCUCCACAGCAGAGAAAGAAGAAGUCUUUAGAAACACACUAUUCUACAUCUAAAGAAGCUUCAAGGGAAAGAAAACCCAGAAGGUUUGAAGGAGAAGCAGAAGCUGUAUCACUACGUGACUCUCCAGCUGCUGGAUUGAAAACUUUAGAUCCUUUGCCUCUGAGGAAGAAUUCUUGGCCUACUAUCAAUGCUUCUGAUGAAAGAGCUUCUCAGACUUCAGCACAUUCAACUAUAGCUCCUGUGCAGAAAUCAGUCAGAUGCUCUACUUCCCCCUGCUGGAAUCCAUCCCGUCGCAUUCAAGGGACUCUUAAGGAUCCAGAGUUCCAGCAUAAUGGGAACAUUUCAAGUCCAAAGAAGAGCCAUUUCCAGUUACCACUGCAGGAAAUAAACUAUACUGAUGAAGAUGACAGAUUGUCCCAGAUCUCUGCUCGCUCUGCGGCUUCUAGCUCACUAGCAUCUCAGAUUCUGGAACGAGCUCAGAAGAGGAAAGAAAAUUUCUGGGGCAAGUCGUAGUAGGUUCCACCAGGGAGUUACUGUUUUGUACAAAGAUGUAUUUUUACUGCACAGUUGUGUACUUGAUUUUUGGAAAAUUUUAUAUUUUUGGCCUUGUACGUAUUAGUAAGAUGGCCUGACAUUUGACACUUCAGUUGAAAUAGAUGGGAGUUCUGUGUACACUGCUUUUUAAAAUCUUUCAGUUAUGGCAUGUCUUGAAAUUGAAAGUAAUUAUUUUUCUAUAACUUGUAUUUAAUUUCUGAAGAUGUGUUAUUACAAGAAUAUAGUACAUCAAAAACAGUAUUUUGGGACGAUAUCAUCAUUCACCUACAACUAUACCUCAGACAUUUGAUUUUAAGCAUGUCUGUGUUAGCAGAUAGUUAUGUUAGGUGUUUGCUCAUAAUCCUGUAUGAAUUCUGAAUAUGUACUAACUAUUGUCAUGAUGUCAUUUAGUACUAUCUAACCUUACUACCAAACCCCCCACAUUUAAUAUUUCAACAAAUGUGAUGUGAAAUAUGCAACAAGUGUUGAGGUUUUGAUUUGGACUCCAAGAUCUUUCUAGUUAAAAAAUAAAUAUUUAAGAAAGCCAAACACUUGUUUUUCAUCUAGACUUUGAUAGCUUACUGUUUGGGACCACUUUUAGCUAUGCCUGGAGUAUCCAUAUGGAUGGCUGUAUUAUUGUCAAGACCAGUGUUUAAUGUUGAUUUUAGAUACUAGGGAAAAAUGCCCCUAAAUUGCUGGUAUUUCAAAUACAGGUGUUAAAUUACCCCCUAAUACUCCCCAAUUACCUCUUCAUACUCGUAGUUAUCUGUUUCUGAGUGAGUGAACAACUGUAAUGAUGGUCACAGGUAAAACUGAUUGUUAUUUAUUCUGAUGGCCUAUUUUUUUCUUGUUAUUUGACAAAAGCAAGUUAACACGAAGUAGGUGAAAAUAAUUGCUUAGACAUUUUUAAAUAAAAAUUAAGUUAACGUACUUGUACAAUGAAGAAUUUGAAUUUUGUAUACAUUUAAAAAUAAAAAAAAUCAAGUUUA